GAGUAGCGUUGAUAACAUUUUUAUUUGGUUUACCAUUUGUUUUUGUUUUGAUUUUCAUUUUAGAAUUAAAUUUGAUAAUGAAAUCGUGUUAGAUUACAAUGAUUGAAAAAAAUGCAUAAAUUCGCCAUCGUGCGAUACAUUUAAUAUCGGACGCAUAAAGGCAUACAGGCAGCAUUUAAUGUUAUUACAUUGUAGUGGAUUGUGCAGAAAACACCGAAGUUAUUUGAGUGCGAACGAGAAAAUAGGAUACACAUAUAUACAUAUAUACAUUUAGAGAAUUCAACAUGGAAAUCAUGAAAUUUUGCUACUUAUGUUUCGAUCGAACAAAAGACGUUUAUCCGGUCGUCGAUGAGACGUUUAUGCAAAAAUUUAUUAAUUUCUCACCGGGAAAUAUUACUAUAGGACGAACUACGUUAUGCAAGGAGUGUUCACGGCGAAUUCAAUAUUUUGAUGAUUUAAAGGAAUUUGGUGCCCGAUCAUCAGCACUACGAAAUAAUUUAGCAUACAAUAUUGUUCCUGAAAAAAUUCAAAUGCACCACAAUGGCAAACCAUCAAAUCGAAAAAAAUACAUUCGACGCAAAAUUCCAUGCAAAUGUAUGCUUUGCCAAAAGGAGUUUCAAUCAAAAUGUUACUUACACAAGCACAUGAAACGCCAUCAAAAUGUUAAAAGCGCCUACAAAUGCAUGAUCUGCAACGGCGAAUUCCUUUCGGCCAACAGUUUGUCGGCACACGAAAAAACUCAUCCAACAUACAAAUGAAAUACAAUUGUGAAACGAGAGAGAUAGACAGACAGAUAGACAGAGAAAAUGUUAAGUAUUGCAGCAGUUGCAGCAGCAGCAGCCGUCGUCGAUGCCGAUGCCGCCACCGCAGCAAAAACAACAACAACACCACUCACAUAUACAUAAACACACAGACAAAACACAUACAAACCCCAUCAAAAACACAUUUCUACUGCUAAUUUAAUAAUUUAGAACACGAAGGAACUCAAAUAAUCGCUUAUGCAAUUUCAAAUUUAGGCAGUUGAAUUUCGAUUCAUUUUUUAAAAAAAUAUUUAUUCGAUGUGUGUCCCAAUUCAUUUGUCAUCAUGUUAUAUUUUAUAUCAGCAGCAUCGUGCGAUCGAGUCGGGAGAGGUUAUAGAUAGUACAGGCUCGAUUUCAAAUUUAUUCCAUUUCAUCCAUACAACGAGCAGCAAUAAUAUAACUAUUUUCGUUUUCUUCGAUGUUUUUUUCGUCUCUUUUUAGCAUUUUUUUUCAUGGACAUCGCCAAUAGAAUGAAAGAAUAUGCCAAACUUUUGAUGUUCAACUGUCGAACGGUGUUAUAGUGAGUUAUUAUAAACGGUCAUUUGAUUUUGCUUUGAGAAGUUUUUUCUUUCUCAGUUUUCAACAAAUUAUUCGUCAAAAAAGAAAAUUGAACGAAAGACAUAUUUUUUUUUUUUACAAAAAAUAACAAAAGUUUGGUUCAUUCUUUGAGUUACCGUUCAUGAAUGUAGCUAAGAUAAAAUCAUUUGAAGCAAUAUCCGUGGAUUUGAUUAAAAAAGACCUUGUUGU